AUGCAAAAGAAAUUCUUUGUCUCACUUUGUGUUCAGAUGAUGAUCCCUGUAUUAGCCAUCGCUACUCCAUGGGGAUAUUUUGCCUUUGCUAUGGUUUCCGAAUCAAAGUUUAUCAAUCCAGAACUGAACAAUUUCCUCUUUGCCAUCAUCUCAUCCCACGGAACAAUCUCUUCAAUUUCUCUUCUUUUAUUAACUCAACCAUAUCGAAAAUAUAUUCUCGAACUAGCUGGCAUCUCAAAGAUUUCAAGAAAUUUGACUCAUUCGAUUGUUUCAAAAAGGAUUGUUUCGGUUUCUGUUACAGCGAUAAGACAACAG